AAAGUUUCAAAAACUACCACUGCUACCCUCCAUUUCCUCAGUCUCAACAUUAAACAGAUGAUGGAUAUUUCGCCACUCUCCACCACCCCACGCUUCCCUCAUUCUCCCACUUCCUUCUCCUCCUCCAUCGCGACCACAACUAUUUCUUUCUCCCUCAAACCAACACCUCCACCACCACCAGAACCCACCAAUUCUUCCUCUAUUCGCCGUCCCAAAUCACUCACUCCAACACCAUCCACCACCUCGACCCAAAACCCAACCCCCCCUCAAUUCCUCAAGAACCCUCUCAAAACCCUCCUCAACCCCUCCAAACCCUCAGUAACAAGCACCACCACCACCAACCCUCUUUCUCUCUCCACCAAACUCCGCCUCUCCAGCAAACUCUCGCCCCCUCCUCCUCCAUCACCGCCGCCGCCGCCAAUAGAAAUACUUCAAACCCCAGAAAAGACUCAAAAGAUAGAAAAUGAAGCCCCCAGAAUUGAAUUCUACCAAAAUGGGAAGAUCUUUAUAGGAAAUUUACCAAACUGGAUAAAAAAACAUGAACUUUCUGAAUUCUUCCGUCAAUUCGGGCCUAUAAAGAAUGUAAUUUUGAUCCAGAGUCAUAAUGAGACUGAAAGGAAUGCGGGGUUUGGGUUUAUUAUCUAUGAUGGUCCAAAAGCAGGGAAGUCUGCAAUGAAAGCUGAGGAAUUUGAUGGAAUGGAGUUUCAUGGGAGGGUUUUGACUGUGAAAUUGGAUGAUGGGAGAAGAUUGAAAGCGAAAGCAGAGGAGAGAAAGAAUUGGGUUUAUGGAGAGGAUGGAAAAGAUUAUAGGCCUAAAUGGCAUGAAGAAGGAGAAGGGUCUACGAAGGCUUUUCGGAAGGUUUUAGACACGCAACCGGAGAAUUGGCAGGCAGGUGUUAGUGCUUUCGAAAGGAUUAAGAAGCCUUCUAGAAGGGAUUUUGGAUUAAUGGGGGGUUACUAUGCAAGGCGAGGGGAUAUGCAUCGUGCACGACAAACUUUUGAGAGCAUGCGAGCAAGGGGAAUGGAUCCCAGCUCACAUGUCUAUACGAGCCUUAUUCACGCUUAUGCAGUUGGUAGAGACAUGGAAGGAGCACUGUCUUGUGUUAGGAAAAUGAAUGAAGAGGGCAUUGAAAUGAGUCUGGUGACUUAUAGCAUAGUUAUCGGAGGAUUUGCCAAAAUCGGCAAUGCUGAAGCUGCAGAUAGCUGGUUUAAGAAGGCCAAAGAGAGGCAUACGAAUUUGAAUGCAUACAUUUAUGGGAACAUUAUAUACGCUUAUUGGGCUAUUGUUGGUGAAUUUGUCAAGUCUCCCACUCCCAAGUGCAAUUAUUGGGGUCCAAGUCUUUGGGGUGCCAACUUUAUUAAAUUAUUGAAGGCAUGCAAUAUGGAUCGAGCUGAAGCUCUGGUGAGAGAGAUGGAAGAAGAAGAUAUAGAUGCACCUCUUGACAUAUAUCAUACCAUGAUGGAUGGUUACACUAUGAUUAGAAAUGAAGAAAAAUGUCUUAUUGUAUUUGAAAGGCUUAAGGAAUGUGGAUUUGCUCCUUCAGUGAUCAGUUACGGAUGUCUCAUCAAUAUGUAUACCAAGAUUGGUAAAGUUUAUAAAGCCCUGGAGGUUAGCAAAAUGAUGAAAUCUGUUGGCAUAAAGCAUAACAUGAAGACAUAUUCCAUGUUGAUCAACGGGUUCUUGAAGCUAAAAGAUUGGACCAAUGCAUUUGCAGUUUUCGAAGAUGUUAUCAAAGAUGGUUUGAAACCUGAUGUUGUCCUCUAUAAUAACAUCAUCAAAGCGUUCUGUGGAAUGGGAAAUAUGGAUCGUGCCAUCCAUAUGGUGAAGGAAAUGCAGAAGGAAAGAUGUAGGCCUACUUCACACACAUUUAUGCCCAUUAUACAUGGAUUUGCAAGAGCUGGAGAAAUGAGGAGGGCCCUAGAAAUUUUUGAUAUGAUGAGGCGGAGUGGGUGCAUCCCAACUGUGCAUACCUUCAAUGCUUUGGUUCUUGGCCUUGUUGAGAAGCGUAAGAUGGAGAAGGCUGUUGAAAUAUUGGAUGAGAUGGCACUGGCAGGUGUAAGUCCAGAUGAACACACGUACACAACAAUCAUGCAUGGUUAUGCAGCAUUAGGUGAUACUGGAAAGGCCUUCGAGUAUUUUACCAAAAUGAGAAAUGAAGGACUACAGCUUGAUGUAUUUACAUACGAGGCACUGCUCAAGGCAUGUUGCAAGUCAGGCAGGAUGCAAAGUGCUUUAGCAGUUACAAGAGAGAUGAGUGCUCAAAAUAUUCCAAGAAACACCUUUGUCUAUAACAUAUUAAUUGAUGGAUGGGCUCGAAGAGGUGAUGUUUGGGAGGCUGCUGACCUUAUGCAACAAAUGAAGCAAGAAGGGGUUCAACCUGAUAUUCAUACCUAUACAUCGUUUAUAAAUGCUUGUUGCAAGGCUGGAGAUAUGCUGAGAGCAACAAAAACAAUGGAAGAAAUGGAAGCUGCAGGGGUGAAGCCGAAUGUGAAAACCUACACCACGUUGAUUCAUGGGUGGGCAAAUGCUUCUCUUCCAGAAAAGGCUUUGAGCUGCUUCGAAGAGUUGAAGUUAGCCGGAUUAAAGCCUGAUAAAGCUGUGUACCAUUGCUUAAUGACAUCAUUGCUGUCAAGGGCUACUGUUGCUGAAGCAUACAUUUACUCGGGGAUACUGUCCAUUUGUAUAGAGAUGAUAGAGUUUGAGUUGACCGUAGAUAUGGGGACUGCAGUUUACUGGUCCAAGUGUUUACGCAAGAUUGAAAGAAUAGGUGGAGAGCUUACACAGACCUUGCAGAAGACCUUCCCUCCUGAUUGGAACGCACAUCAUUCUCUCGAGGCAAACCACGAAUCAGAUAUCAAUGAUGAACCCAGCAUUCAUGGUGAUAAUGACAUGUUUUUGGCUGGUGUGAAUGAUGGAGAUAGCGAUGAUGAGGAUGAUGAUCAUCAUGACAGCAAGGGUUUUAACCGAAGACUCCGGGUCUAAACCAGGUUAGGAGUCUGGAGUCAAAGCUUGAAACCAAUAUGAUAAAAACUCGAGAGGGUUAGUUUCUCAAGAAAUUUUUAAAUUCUACCAGCUUCAAUUCUCACUGAGCAACAUUAUCUUUGCCUUCAUUAAUAUUAUAGUUGAAUGAAAAUCAAGAUUCAAAUUAAUUUAACCUUUUUUAUAUAUAUAAAAAAAUCUUUUCAUUAAAACCUUCACUGUUCUUAUCCC